AUGUUCCGAAAUGCAUCUGAUACCACUACGAACCGAUUUAAGAGAUCUCUAGAGUUCGGUGGUGAAAUACUAAAAUUCUUCUUUGGCACCCUGGAUGCUGAGGAUGCCCGGCAUUACGAUGCUGCAAUAAACGCUUGUCAGACAAGCGAGACUGAACUUUUUAACCUCAUGAACGAUAACAUUCAUGUAGUUAAAUCAAUGAUAAAUUCGUUCAAUUCAACCAUCUCUAAAUUAAAUAAAUACGAAUUCAGAUUGCAUUCACAAUUAGACAAAUUGAACGAAAUUCUAAUUCAGACGACAAAAACCAAUAACGAAUUAAUUUAUAUUGCUAAAAUUAUUUUACAUGGUUCUCUGCUAUCUAUAUCUAACUCUCUUGAGAAUAUACUUAAUACUAUCUUAUUUACCAAAACAAAUGUCCUUCAUCCCGCUGUUAUCACUCCCGUCAACUUACUUAAUGAACUUACAAAACGUAGUAACUUAAUAAAUAAAAGACUAGAUUUUCCAGUUCCAUUAAAUUUAGAAACGAUACAUACAUUGAUAGGUGUUUUAAAAUUAACUUCUUAUUAUUAUAAUAAAAAGAUAGUUUUCUUAAUUAAAAUACCUCAAAUUUCACCAACUAAAUAUAUUAAUAAAUAA